CUCUCAGCCUCUCGCCGGCUCUUGCUGUCUUCUGGUUUAGACAUGAAGAUUUAUUUUGCUCCGGCUGAUGUGCCUCUGGUUAGAAGGAUCCAGACUGCUGUCGUAUUACAGUGGGUCUUCUCUUUCCUGGCGCUCGCCCCCAUCUGUAUUAUACUGUUCUUCUUCCUACUCUACACUCGUUUCUGGCUCAUCAGCGUGCUUUAUGCCAUCUGGUGGUACAUCGAUUGGGACACACCUUCACGAGGAGGUAGAAAAGUGCCCUUUCUGUGCCGAAUGCGUGUGUGGGAGUACACAAGAGAUUAUUUCCCUAUAAAGUUGGUGAAGACAGCUGAUCUGGACCCUAGGAAGAACUAUGUGCUGGGCUUCCAUCCUCAUGGUAUUCUUGUGGCUGGUGCAUUUACAAAUUUCUGCACGGAGGCGACAGGUUUUAGCAAACUCUUCCCUGGGCUGAGAAGCAACCUUCUCAUGCUGCCACUCUGGUUCAGAGCCCCCUUCUUCAGAGACUACAUUAUGUCUGCAGGCUUGGUACCAUCAGACAAGGGGAGUGCCAGCUAUCUGCUCCGGCGGAAGGGAGGUGGGAACGCUGUGGUCAUUGCAGUUGGUGGUGCCCCUGAGGCUUUAGAUGCCCAUCCUGGUGACUACACCGUACACCUGGCCAAUAAAAAGGGCUUCAUUAAGCUUGCAAUAGAGCAUGGUGCAGAUUUGGUACCUAUAUAUUCGUUUGGAGAGAAUGAGGUGUUUGACCAGUUGGAGAACCCUCAUGGCACCUGGCUGCGAUAUAUUCAAGAGCGUCUGCAAAGCAUUAUGGGCAUUUCUCUGCCUCUCUUCCAUGCACGAGGAGUUUUCCAGUACAGCUUCGGCCUAAUGCCAUACAGAAAACCCAUCAACACUGUUGUGGGUAGGCCGAUUCCAGUAGAGAAAAACAAGAAACCAACAGCAGAAGAACUGGACGUGUUUCACCAGCGCUAUAUGGAUGAACUCACACACCUGUUUGAGGAACACAAAGGAAAUUAUGGUGUACCUGAAGACGCUCACCUGCUGUUCCAGUGA